GUCGGAGGCUGGGCGCGAUCCGUUCUUGCUGUAAUUUUCAGUUGGUCUUCGGACCUCAGGCGGUUAAGACGUGGUUUGUCUUUUUUGUAUUUUUUUUUAAAUGGGGAGCUGGUGAAAUAGCGUGAUGGGGGCGGCAUCAGACGGCUUCAGUGCCGACUGGCUGCGCGCGCAGGUGGCCGCGUGUCGCGAGUCGCGCAAGCUAGUGCUCGUCAUCGUGGCCAUAGCCUUACUUCUGGACAACAUGCUGCUAACCACUGUUGUCCCGAUCAUCCCGGAGUUCCUCUACGACAUUAGACACCCGGAUGCUCCGCUGUCCAUGUCUCUCGACACGACCGCAGCCCCCACGCCCUACUGCCCCUGUCUCAACAACAGCCUCGCCAUCAGCAACGCCACGCAAGUCAACAUCACAGCCCAGAAAGAAGCCCGCCACCAAGAAUUAGUCCACGAGACGGUUGAAGUCGGAGUGAUGUUCGCUAGCAAGGCCAUCGUACAACUCCUCACUAACCCCUUUGUGGGGCCGCUGACGCAUAAAAUCGGCUACAGUAUCCCAAUGUUCACUGGAUUCAUACUCAUGUUCCUGUCCACACUGAUCUUCGCCUUCGGUCGCUCAUAUAGCGUCCUCUUUAUCGCACGCGCGCUGCAAGGCAUCGGUUCGUCCUGCUCUUCCGUUUCUGGCAUGGGCAUGUUGGCAGAACGGUAUCCUGAUGACAAAGAACGCGGCAACGCAAUGGGUAUAGCUCUCGGAGGCUUGGCUCUUGGCGUGCUGAUCGGACCCCCGUUCGGAGGACUAAUGUACGAGUUCGUCGGAAAAACUGCUCCGUUCCUCAUGCUAUCUGCUCUGGCACUUGGAGAUGGAUUACUGCAACUGAUGAUCCUACAACCCGGAGUAGUUCGUCAGGAGAGCGACCCGCCGUCUUUGAAGGAACUGGUGACAGAUCCCUACAUCAUCAUUGCUGCUGGAGCCAUAACCUUUGCAAACGUCGGUAUCGCCAUGUUGGAGCCAAGCCUGCCAAUCUGGAUGGUGGACACCAUGCAAGCCAGUCGCUGGCAGCAGGGCGUGGCGUUCCUGCCAGCUAGCAUUUGCUAUCUUAUCGGGACUAACCUGUUCGGGCCGCUCGGACAUAAGAUGGGUCGCUGGUUAGCCGCCUGCUCUGGACUAAUCAUCAUCGGCGUCUGUCUUAUCCUGAUCCCCAUGGCCCGCAAGCUCGAGCAUCUGAUCAUACCCAACGCCGGACUAGGAUUCGCCAUUGGCAUGGUGGAUUCCAGUAUGAUGCCGGAAUUGGGCUUUUUAGUGGACAUCCGACACGCCGCGGUGUAUGGCUCCGUCUACGCUAUAGGAGACACGGCUUUCUGCUUGGGGUACGCUGUGGGUCCUGCAUUCUCCGGUACCUUGGUAAACAGCAUCGGCUUCGAGUGGAUGCUGGUCAUCAUCGCCGUCCUCAACUUCGCGUACGCGCCAUGUUUGCUACUGCUUCGCUCGCCGCCAGCGAGAGAUGAGAAGCAGAGCCUAAUAAUAAGCGACAAAUCAUCAGUUCGCUACGUAAGCUACCAAAACGAGGAAGAAGAAUAAACAACUAUUUUGCCGCCAUCUUGACCGCCCGCCAUCAUGUUUCUUUCGUCAAAAGUUUUUUUUUUUAUUUCUGACUGAGACCAUGAAGGUUUCAGCCAUGUAGGUUUAAAUCAUGAAUACUUUUUAAGUGACAUGUGCCAAUAUUUUUAUUUUAAGGGGUUUGCUUAGUAGGUUUAGAGACGUCUAAGGAGUGUUUAUAUAAAAAAAAGUGUGAAUGAGACCAAAUAUAUGGCCUAUAUUGCCCAAGGAAGUAGCUAUAUAUUUCUUCGAUAUAUUUCAACUAUCUAUCUUCAUAGUUUCGACCAAUUUUCUCGAAUAUGUGUAUGUAAAUACCUAUUGGUAUAUAUUUCGAUAUACGAUUAAAUAUAGCCUUCUAGUCAGGGUGUCUGUAUAUGCCAAACAUAUCUGUGGAA